CCUCAGAUACUAAUGUUACAACGGUAGCCCAUAGCUAGCUGUCUAUCGUCUGUAGAAUGUAGUUAACAAAUAGCUAAUCGCUGGUCAUUAGUGGUUACUUGGCUUGCUAUUAGCAUGUCGUAAAGAUAAAUAGAAGAAUGCUUAUUCGUUUUUUUUCGCUGUGGGUUAGAUUAGAACAACGUUUACAUGGAUUAUGUAACUCACAGCACAGUGGAGGAGUCUUCAGUUAGCUAGAGAGGUAAUCCCUGGCCUGAACAAGCUUAUAGACUCAGUUGUCUAAAUAAGCACCAAGCCCGAUAGGACGCAGAGCAGCUCCAGCACUAAGAACAAUCGCCAUGUUCCCAGUGAAGGAGCCCAGAUGGCUGGAGCUGCAGCCCUGGCCAGGAUCGAGCAGCGUCAGCGGCCGAAGGUCCACACUUCUCAGGACGCCAUCAGGAGCCAGGUUAAAAGAGAACUGGAGGCUGAGGCGGCUGUCCUGGCUGAAAAAGACAAGGUGGCUGCAGCAGAGGGAUCCAAAGUGCCAGUGAAAGAUCCUGCAAGCCUCUCGGUGUCAGGUGUGUAUUUCACCUGUCCGCUAACAGGAGCUACUUUAACUAAGAGUGAGAGGGAGGCACACAUUAAAGAGGCCAUUUUAAUGCGGUUUGAAGAGGAUGCUGUUGAGGCCUCUGUUAUGAUGGUCCACACAUUUAACAAAGACAGAGAGAAAGUGAAGGCUGCUGUGGACAUCAUAAGCAAGUACGUUGACAAUAUAUGUAAGAAUCCCACAGAGGAGAAAUACCGGAAGAUUAAACUCAGCAACAAGGUGUUCCAGGAGAAGGUUCGUUGUGUGGAGGGCAGUAGAGAGUUCUUGCAGGCCCUGGACUUCACGAGCGUUAUGCUUCCUGUAGAGGGUCAAGAGGAGGAAGAGGAGUUCCUGGUGUUACUGGAGCAGAGCCCCGAUGCCCUGGAGUUGAUGAAAGAGAGGAGGGAUCGUCUCCAGAGAGGAGAGCCAGUCAGAGCUCAGCUGGACAGACAGCCGCAAGCGUUCAGGCCGUCUCCCAAUGCCCAGCGUUUCGAGCUGCCGCCAGAAUUCUACAACCUCACAAUGGAGGAGCUCAAGAAGGAGCAACAGCAGAGGAGUGAUUUGGUGGAGAAGAACGCCAUGCUGCGCACUAAGGCCAUGAGGGAGAAAGAGGAGCAGAGGGAGAGAAGGAAAUACAACUACACCCUGCUCAGGAUCAGACUGCCUGAUGGAAACCUGCUACAAGGGACCUUUUAUGCUUGGGACCGGCUGUCUGUGGUGUAUGGGUUCGUACGGGAGUCCUUGGUGGACGGCUGGCAGCCCUUUGAGCUCAUUGCCCCCGGAAGUCAGAAAGUACCAGAGUCUGAUGAAGUCGCUCUUGCUGAGUGCAACCUGGUCCCUGCAGCUCUGCUCACAUUUGCCUGGGAUGCAGCUGUGCAGGCGGAUAUUGCGGCAGCAGGUGGAAAAAGCCCCUCCCUCCUCAAACCAGAGCUGCUGGAAACCAUUCAAACCCUGAGCUGAGCAGACACUCCGCCUCUGAACCCCCCUGCCACAGCACUUUCCUUCCUGGCACUACUGGUGUGAAAUUGCCCCGUACACAUGACUGAUUUUUUGACUGAUGAUUGAUUUUUAUUUUUUACAAAUUCUAACUGUAGUCAGUAGCAGUGAUAGACUAGGGGCAGCUUCACCCUGAUGCUGUGGCUGAGCACACAUGCAGACUGUCUCUGCAGCAAGUUGUGUUGAAGGAAUACUUACUAACAGAUGUAAGGAGAAAGCAGGAACCAAGUGGUGUUUUUUUCCUCUCUGCCUGAAUGAAUGUACAUGCGGUGUUUAGACAGACUUUGGCAGCAGUCCUCUGUGCUCUACCCAACAGUCAGCCAGUCAGGUAUACUUCUCGUGUCAUGCUUAGAGACCGUGUUUUAACUGUGUCAACGCGUCCUCCCCCUUUUUGAAGUCUGUUGCAUUGACUUUGUUCUCUUUGUUCAGCCACGUAGAAGAGUAUCAGAAGUAGCGAAGCCAAGUGAAUCUGGUCAGUUUCUGUUCCUAAUUUCUUUCAACUUAAAAGGGAAAGUUUUCUUUUUUUGAAGUGGAGCUGUAUGAGGUACUUAACUAUGGUCAGUGUACUACCUACAGUAGACAGCAGUCAGCACAUCCCCAUUUUGGAGAAGCAGCGGGAGUGUAAGGGUAGGAAGCCAACCGAUGUACUGGUGUGGGUGUGGGCAGCAACAAAAUGUAUUUUUUUGUCAACUAAAAUCAUUACAAUAGUAUGUUAUAGCGAAAGUAUUGUCACCGCUUUACCGUGUGGUCAGACACACCGAAGCUGUUAUAUCACCUUCUCCAAAGCCACCAGAUUCUUUAACAAAAACACUACUUUUGUACUCAGACUUGCUGUCAAAGGAGUCAGGUGGCUUUGGACAAAGCAAUUUAACAGCUUCAGUUUUUCUGUCAGCCUGGUAACAAGGUGAAAAUAUUCUAAAUAUAGAGCCCUCUUUAAGUGGUAAUGUUUUUUGGUGUUUUUUUUUGGGUUGGGCACAUAUGUGUUGCUGCUGCCUCAGUCCUCAGCAGUACUUUGCUUACCCUCUGACACUGACACUCCUGCUGCCUCUCCAAGCUGGGGCUGUGCUGCAGGUAUUACACUGACUAUGGAAAAGAGCCUCAUACGAUUCCACAUCAAAAAAAAGCAAACUAUUACACUUAGUCUGUCUGCACACUGGCUUUACUGAAGGCUUAAAAUGCUACUAGUUUGUUUGGUGGUACUCAGGUCUAAACGGUGUUAACUGACGGUUGUCUGGUUGAUUUCUUUGUGAUAUGAGUCUGAAUGGAUGGUUGUCCUCUGCCCUGCAGUGCCCUUGUACUCAUCUGAUUGCUUUGAUAAUUAAAAACCUCAUGUUUUUUUUUUACUCAUAAGCACAAGCCUAAACCAUGACUUAAAAUUAAGGUCAAAAACUGAACAUUAUUUAGGAUCCCGGUGUAUUAAUAGCAGCAUCAACUUGUUUUGUUCUGGCAUGUAGGCAGGCAUGAAUUACAUCUCUGUUGUUGAAACUGGCAGCAUGGACUCAUGUUGUCUUGAUGACGGUAGUCUUAAUGAAGUCUUUUCUAUUGUUUGUCUACAUUUUCUUGAGACUUAAAGGGUCUGUAUUUCAAACACAGCUGGAAUAUAUGAAAACACCAUUCAUAGCACCUACCAGCUCACUGGAUCCUCUGGGAAAUCCAAGUUGUUUAAGGAACUGGUUUCAGUUUUACCCCCAAAUUGUGGAAAUGUUUCAGAUUCCACCUUCCCAAUGAACAUUUAAUUUGUAGUGGUUUUUGCUGUAUGUGAAUCUAUACCAGGUUAAUCUGUAAAAGCUAAUUAUAGUUCAUCAUGCUUGUGGUUGGUUAAGAUGACAACAGCCUACCUCUCAUUGCUUGUCUGUCUAAUACAUCCCAAUUGAGUUGUACACAAACAUGUAACAGAAAUAGAUCUUAAAAGUCCUGUGAUUGUUAGUCAGUAGAUGUCACCACCUUAAACCCGUACACACAUUUAUAUCUGCUGGGGGUCAUAAUGUUAUGUCAAGUGUUAAAUUUGAUGGACAAUCCCAGCAUGUGAAGCCAAGUCAGCCAACAUUUCUGCACUCCUCUACUGUCUUGUUCAGUCUGCCCACCAAUUUUCCACAUGUAUUCAGUGAAAAAAGUAAUGUUGUAUCAGCAUUGUAGUCUUAUUAAGAGAAUUAGUGAGCAGUGGUGAUUUGUCCAGAUUUGCUGAGUUCUGUUGUGUUGCAUUUUAAACUGCCUGUAAUAAAAAACAGCUUGCAUUGCAUCCCAACUUUUGUUUAAUGAACAGAAUUAAGAGGCAAAUGUGUUUGACUGCAGUCUGUGCCUGAAGAGAAGCUCCUUCACAACUACCAACACGUGACUGAUCUGACAUACUGUGAACAAACGGAUAAUGCUUAAUGUUCCUAAAAUGCUUUUUCACGACUGAAGUCUUUCGCAUUAUAGUAUUUCAAGUAUUUCAAAACAAAUCAAGAUGUUUCAGAACAUCUGCAAAUGAAACAACUGAGGUUCAGUGCAUGUGUGACACCUUAAAUGUCCACAUGUUGUAGGAGUGGACUCCACCUUAACGAACGCAUGAACUACAGGGCCAGAAUGACAAUGCACUGCCUUUUUAAAGUUGCUCGUUAGCUUCUGACUUUGUUUUGUAACAAUGAAUCAACAGCAGAUACAAUUCAUCUUGUUUGCCAGUGAUUAAAAAAAAGACUAAACAUGAAUAAUUGCUUGUAACAAUGAACACAACAGAUCACAUAACCUCUGAAAGUUUCACAGUCUGAUUAGACCAAAUUUGCACUCUCAGAAUGCAAAGCUGUUUGCUGGAGCUGAGACACACCAUCUCCACCAUGAAUUCUGGUGGUGGCAGCUUCAUGAUGCGUCAGUGCUUCUGUACAGCUGGCCAUGCAGCAGCUGACUGCAGCAUAAUGCCAGAAAUCCUCAACGACAGCCUCCUGCAGUAACUGCACCUUUGAGAAAGGUUUCAAAAUCUUAUUACUGUUCUCAAGUGGCCAAUCAUAUUCCAGACAUGAAUCUAAUCAAGCUUUGUGACAGGACUUUUAAAGUGAGUGGUUUUACAACUUGAGUUUACAUUCAUCAGUUCUAAAAAGGAAAAAUUAUCAAGCCUUUAAUUAGUACCAAGUCCUUUGGAGGAAACUACCUGUGAGUUGUCAAAGCUGCAGUGCCCAGAUGAGCAUAUACUCAACUUGUAACUACUGACAAAGAUGCCUCAUCUAAAUAUUUACACCAGCAGUUGAAUACUUGUUACUGAAAGUCUUGGAGUCAAAAAUCUUAAUACAUCCACUGUUGAGUGGUGACAAAGGUGACUGUCAGUAUCACGCUGUCAAAGGCACCCAGAUGAAUCACAAGAAAUGAAUGGAAUAUAAAAGUGCAGUACUUUUAUUCAUGUUUAAUGAAUUUAUCCUGUUCAAGUAUUCUUGAAAAAAAUACAGAAAAAUACAUAUUUAUAAAACAUCGAGACACUGGACCUAACUGUACAAGUAAAGGUCUAGCAACUACUCCAGUGAGUUGUCAGAAUUAGAAAUUGCAGAGUAAAUGCACCCAUUGAAAUCAAAGGGAAAUGUACAGAUGGACUUUCAGCCGCUUGUUCCCCAGCUCUUACUCUCGGUAAACUAUAUACAGUUAGACUAGAGGAGAUCCAGUAAUGUCAUGAAUUCAACAUGUUAAAAACCGUAAAUAAUGCUGUUCUUAAUGUCUUGGAUGGUUCUUGUGACAAUUGGGCAUUUCUGUUCUGCUCUUCCUCCCUCUAUUCAACUCAGUCUGCAGCAGCUAAAGCAGUGCUAGAGAGACGUCCUCCUUCCACUUUAAAGAGGCCCAUGCCAAACAUGCCUGACUGAAAAUUCAAUGCAAAAAAAAAACAAAACAAAAAAAACACGAAAAACCAAAACACUUAGUUAAUGAAUAUUGGACAAACUUGUCCUAAAUAAUCAAUUUAAACACGCUGAUUUUAUACAAGUUGUCAUUUUACCGGCAAGAUGACC